AUGCGAAACGUUGCCGGCAACACAAACAUGUGGGUAGACGUCCUUUGCAUUCCCCAGGAAGACUCCGAUCCGGAAAAGGCCAUCGAGAUCGGAAAGCAAAGCCAUAUAUUUAAGUCGGCAUCACGUGCAGCUGUCUGGCUCUGCUCUGGAGGGGACGAAGCUUUUAUUGACAUCUGUUCCUCUGUCCCCGAAGAGGUACACAUGAUUCCUCCAGACGCCUUGGCACUUAACAAGCCGGAAAACAUUGCCGAAGCUCGCCGGCGCUUGGCUUUGGUUGCAGAGUUUCCCCUUUUAGUCCCCUGGACAACUUCUCUGUGGACAUUGCAAGAGGCUGCUCUUCGUCCGGAUGCCGUCUUCUAUGGCAAGUUGGGGAUUCCCCUCCGCCACCGAGAGACCGGAAAUCCCUUGACAAUUAGGCAUCUAACACGGACAUUGUCACAAAUCCAUGACAUCCUUUACUUCCUCUUUCUCCCCGGCCGUGGUCUACCACAAGGAAUUCUCGACAAGCCCGAAGCUUGGGACAUGUGCGAGGGGGACGUUUCUUUGGUUUUCCAAGCGCUGGACGCUGUCAACGUCAUCUCUUUGCACAAGCUGGCGAACAUGAAUGCUUCGGAGCUGCUUCUGGCCUCGAAUCAUCGGAAAAGCACACGGCAGCACGAUCGCGUUUAUGGCAUCAUGGGGGCCAUAGGUGGUGUCACGGUCCCUGUUGACUACAAGGCGGAUGCUGAUAAAGUCAUGGAUGCAUUCAUGGUCGAGCUUCAUAAUCGAGUUCCCGCCGAGAUGCAAGCAUUUUAUCGCUCUGGGAAUGCUUCCGUGAACGGGAGGAAAUGGGCCGUUGACGAAGAUGCCGCGACGGUGCCCGGUCUCAUUCGGACAAAGUGGGAUCAGUGGGGAGUAUUUCUGUUUCAAACUUUUGUUUACUUUUGA